AUGAAAUCCAGCUGUAACAUACGAGAAGCAGAAGCAACAAAAAUUAAGGAUGAGGACAUGGAAGUCCUGGAGGACGUCGACAAAGAGCCAGCUGAGAAGAGUGAGGAAGCUCUGAAGAAAAUUUUUGUCCAGCAAGAGAAUGAUGAGCGCUUCUUCCUUCUAGGCUCGGGCUUGACUGAGGAAGAGGAAAAAGAGAGCAACUUAUCAGAGACUGGUGACCAAGAUGUUCAGACAUUUAAUAGGAAGAACAGUGGAGGGUUUAAAGCCUUAAACAAUGAAGCAGAGUAUGAAGCAUUAAUCGCAGGAUUAAAGCUGGCAGUAACAAUAGAAGUUGACGUGGUAAUAGUCUUCUAUGACUCCCAGCUUAUCGUCAACCAGGCCAUAGGCGAAUACGCAGCCCGAGAUGAAAGGAUGUCAACCUAUGUAAAUAAGAGUAAUGAUCAAGUAGAAGCCUCCAAUAGGGUUAUCUUGGAUGGAAUCAAGAAGAGGCUAGAAGCAGCAAAGGGAAAGUAG